GCGACUCCGAUUUUUGGUUUUUAGAAUUGUCUUGCCUCACCCAGCACGAUGUUCGAGGUUCACACUUUCUUUUUCUUUCUUUGUUUCCAUUAAUUUUUACUAAUUUUGUAUUUUUUGCUUAUAUUUGUUUAUUUGUUAAUACCAGCCCGAUAGAACAAUGGCAGUUAUCUCCAAACCCAUCAGCCAAAACGUCGCCGUCACUCUGCUGACCGCCUACUUGUCGGCCCUAGUUCGACAGCCGCUGGUGACCAAGUCAUGCACUACUGCCACCCUCAACUUUUUGCAAGAGGAGAUUGCGCAGCGGUUCAGUGGCGUGCGCGCAAACAAAGCAGCUGCCGAGAGACGGGCUAUAUUCGAGGGUGAACCGGUGAAGAAGAGCCCCAUCGAAUACAUUGUCAACAAGCGCGUGCUGCAGUUCUCGCUCUACGGUCUGUUCAUCAGUGGGCCGCUGAAUCACUUCUUGUACGAAAUCCUGAACAAGGUGUUUGCCAACCGGCCCAAGACCAAGCUCAACACAUUUCUCACGAUUCUGACGCAGAAUCUCAUCAUCUCUCCUAUCCUCAACUCUGUAUUCUUGGCCGCCAACGCUGUGAUUGCCGGGGAGCGCAGCAUUGAAAGUAUAGUGGCUGUUGUGCGCUCCCGCUUGUUGAGCAUGAUGAAGGUUUCGUGGGUGGUUUUCCCUUGCAUCCAGCUUUUUGCCGCUAGGGCGUUGCCUCCGCUGGUCUGGGUGCCCUUCUUCAACCUUGUCGCAUUUAUAUUCGGCACAUACUUUAACACGCAGGGCAAGAUGCGCGCGCUCCAGGCUAAACGUGCCAAGGAGGACAAGGAUGGGAAGCGCGACUAGAGCUGCAAGCCUGAGUGUUUGCAAUACUUGAAUUUUUUUGUCUGACUUUAAUGUAGAAAAGG